GACACAGCAAUGAAAGCAGUAUAUUAUACAUUCAUGCUGAAGUGAUCGCAUUUUAUUUGACUUUUUACGUAACUUCAAUUCAUGUUCGCCUUUACAUGUCUUCUUUGUCGAAAAAAGAACAUAGUUCCAGUCAAAGUAAACAUCAGUGUGGUGGCAGGGUUUCUGGUUUGAAACUCACAACGGUUUUAGAAGCGAAGUGGCAGCAGCUAGAGUGAACAGUGAAUUUGACGAUUUGAUUUGAUUUUAAUGUGCGCUGUCGCCGGUAAGAGCCAUGGCCGAGUUCGACGACACGACUAUGCUCUUUUUGGACGAAACCACCAGUCCCAACCAGCUCUCCGAGGCCCUGGGCCAGGCGUCAUUUUUUAAUAAUCCAACGACCAGUAAAGCUUCUCCCGUCAGAGGACGCACCAUGAGAGAGUUGGAGGAAAAGCAAAGUCAGUUAAAGAAAGAGAAUUUCAACUUGAAGGUACAAAUAUAUUCUCUGGAACAGAGGAUGGGUCUAAUAGCUGGCUUGAAGGAUAAAGAGGAAGUUAUUAAAUACAAUAUUGAGUUAAAAGUAGAAAAUGAGUCUAUGCGCAAGGAGCUUUCUGAGAAGCAGGAUCUUCUAUGCCAGGCUUCCAAGGCACUCGACCUGAUGGAAGAGCAGAGAAAAGAGGAAAAGAUGAGACUUAGCAAAGAGUGUGCUGCUCUAGAAAGUAGAGUUCAAGACCUUGAAAAGGAAUUACAGGAAAGUGCACUACUUUCUGCACAACAAAUGAAGUUCUCAGCUAUGACACAGUCUACUGAUUCACAAUACUCAUCGGCCUGCUUUGAGGUGGACCAACUAACAGCUCAGCUUCAAGAAGUUCAAGAGAAGAGUAAAGAAGAUAAAGAAAAAAUAACCUUUCUUGAAGCUGAGCUUGAUAGAUCUAGACAACAAAUUGAGACACUCAGGACAACAAUAAAUUCUCAAAGUGAAAUAUUAAUUACAUUAGAAAAAUCUGUUGGGGUGAACCAAUCAGAUCUUAGCAAUGAGAUUCAGAAGCUACUGGAUAAAGCAUCAGAACUCGAAACCCAGAUAAAAGCUCAAGAAGAAUCUAUCACUGAAAAGGAUUCCAAAUACUCCAAACUGCGAAAAGUGGCUGCCAGUCUGAAAGAGGAAGUUCAAAGUUUGAAGAUAAUAAGACAGGAGGAACUGAGAAGAAAGAAUAGUGACUGUUCUAAUUGUGCAGACCUUGUCUUGCAGAAGAAAGACAUUUUAAAUAAAUAUAGCGAAAAGUGUAAUGAAGUUCUUAAUCAGAAAGAGAUACAGGAGAAAAAUGCACUUAUUCUACGUACACUUAUGUCAGAUUAUUCUAAAUUAGUAGAUGAUUCUAAAGCUAAAGAUGAUAUUAUAUCUGACUUAAAAAAGAAGUAUAAAUNNNAGGAAAAAUCUGGAGACUCCAAACCUAGUGAUGAAGAAUGCAGACUUCAGAGCAUUCAAGCAAGCCUGAAAGAAAAAGAAUCUCAGCUGGUUGCAUGCGAGCAGAGACUAGAAGCAAGGGAUAAUCGCAUUCAAGAACUUGAACAGGAAAUUCAGUCAUUAAAAAAAGAAUGCGCCAUAAUUGCUGCCAAGAACAAUGGGAAUUCUGAAGUAACCUGUAAUGACCAAUCACAUGAGAAUAUAACAAAACAGCUCGUGGAUAAAGAAAAAGAGGUUGAAAAUCUCAAUAUGGAACUGAGAAAGAGAACUUUUAAUCUGCAAGAGUUAGUUAACAAAGAACUUUGGGACAAAAACAAACAAAUUGAAAGACUAGAGUUGAGACUUGCUUCUCAGGGUGCCGUCUGUGAUCGUAAGGAGCUUGAUUUAAAAGAAGCAAAACGUAAACUUGCUGAAUUUGGAGUGACAGUUACAUCUAUCUCCCAGCAUAGUGCUGACAUUACUUCAGAUGAUGUGUCAGAACUCCAAGAACAACUGAAAAUUAGUCUGGAAGAACAGAUGUAUUUAAGUAGGGAAGUGGAUAAUUUAAAAGCACGUUUAAGGAAUACCCCUGAACGAGAUUCUGAGAGUGUACGCUUGCAAAGGCUUCUUGAGGAAAAUAAGAAACUCAAAAUGGUAGAGGCAUAUAGUAAACUAUGGCGAAGAGAGGCAUCAAAAGCACUUUCAGUGUUGCGAACAAGACUUGAAGAAUUAGCAGUUUUUAUGGAUGAGUUGCUUCACCAACCAGCCCUUUUAGUUGGUCUUGGUGCUGAAAGACAGCAGAUUUUGCGCACUGCAAUCAAUGGCAGUUUGGAACUAAGCCGUACAAUUGCUAAUCUGAGCAAUGAUUCUUUGCCAGACGAUAGUUGCUCGCAUUUGCUUUGUACUGAUAGCAAUAUCUCUCCUUGCAAUUUUUCACUUGAGGAUGCCGAGUUUUCUCAAAUUUUUGAAUCGGAUAUGAAGUCUGAUAAAACUCUUAAUGCAACUAAUGAAGGUAAUGUGAGUCAGAAAAGUGUGCAAUCUCUUAAGCAAAUCAACCAGGCUCUUGAUGCCUCUUUUGAAAGUAAAGUGGUUCAAACAUCCUGUACUUCUCUUAGUAAGGCACGAAGACGCUCUAGGUCACAUCCCCAAAGCAAUGUACAAAAAGAUGCUCCUACCAAUCUCAAUGCAGGCUCUCAAUCUGAUUCUGAAUCUUGGUCUGAGCCUGAUCGCAGUGUGUCACAAGCUCGCAUGGGAAUUCACAAUGAGAGUUCAAGGACUAUAUCGAGUGUAGCUAGCACAGUGCGUAGAGUAUCACUUGGGGGUCAGUCAAGCUCAAGCUCAUGUGGUUCUAAAAACCAAGUGAAACCAUCCAAACGAACCUCGUUCAAGGAAAAUACAAAUGCUGAGCACCAUCUUGUAGCCCGUACUCAAUGCCUUGAGAAACUCAAUCAAGCAGUUGAAAACGAGCUUCAUGUUGGAGGUUUGCCUCCAGUCUCAACACAUCCCCAGCUAGAAAAUAAAAGCUGUCUGAGCCCCACAAAUGAGAGUGCAAUAGGGUCAAGUAAUUUGUGGGAACGGCUGGAUUGGGAAAGAAAUGCACGUAAAGCAUGGCAACAGUGUGCUGCACACAGGUUGCAUCAGCUACAGGUUCUCUCUAAAGCCAAUGGUACACUGUCAGAGAAGGUCAUCCAACAAGAAAGAUUACAGAAAGAGCGCCAAACAGAGUUCUUAGAUAUGAAGUUUGCGGUUGUUGAAAUGAAUCAAAAUGCUGAAGAAAAGCAAAAUAUAUCUAGUCAUGUAUUACGGGGCUUGGAAGAGAAAGUUCAAGAGCUUAGUGUGCAGGUGUUGGAGGUUGAAGUCCGACGAGAACAAGCUGAGCAGGAUGCCCAACAAGCAUUAGAAGAGAAGAACCAGCUUCAGAGGGAUCUUGGAGCCAAACUGGCUGUUGCAGAAAGGGAACUAGAGCAGUCCAAAAGGGAGGCGACAGCUCUGCAAGCUAGUGUCCAGCAGUUGUUAAAUAAGAAAUAUGAACUAGAGAAAAUGACAAAAUUGUGGAAAGAGAAAGCUGAGGAUUUAGAAAAAGAAGUGGAAAAAUGGAAAAGAGUAGCUCAGCAGUGUGAACUUGAAGUCAAAGAAGUUCAUACUCAACUCUCUCACAAAUUCAAAGAAAAAAUCUUAUUGCUUGAAAAACUAAAAAGUAAUGCCGAACAGAGAGCUGAAGAUUGGCUUAAUAAGUUUAAUGAAGCUGAGGCAAACUACACUGAGGUUGACCGCAGAGCUAAGGAAAAGAUUCGGUUAAUGGAAGAGCAGUUAAAAUUGAAACAAGCAGAAAUUGAACGUCGUUCUGAAGAACUUCAAGAAAAGUUGAAAAGAGACGCUGAGAUUCGAGCAUCGCGGAAACUGGAAAAAAUAGUCGAGCAGCGAAUGGCUGAAUAUGAUCUAGAGUCUCGUGCUGCCAACUCCAAGCAGAUGCGUGAUAUGGAAAAUGCCUACUUAUCUCGUAUCAAUGACCUUGAGAGAAAAAGUGCCAGUGCUGCAUCUGACAGCAAAAGGCAAAUUCUUGAUUUGGAGGAAAAAGUUAAAGUUGAAGAGAAUGUACUUAAAGAAAAGUUAGGAAAUGCUGAAGGAGAUAGUGAUUUGCAGCGCCAGUUAAAUGAAGCUGCCGUUGCUGUCUCUCAAUCUCAAUUAGAAACUGCUCGACUAGCAAAUGAAAAACUUCAGCUGGAACAACAAGUUCGAUGGCUCCAAGGAGAGGCCAUGAGAGACCGGCGGCAGCUGCAUGACCAGCUUUCUCGCAAGAUACAAUCUCUUACUCAAGCCAACACUGAUCUUCAGAAGCAAGUUCGUGACUUAGAGCGUGGAGUUCAUGCAAAUCAAUAUGCCAGACGAAAAGAAUGCGCAAGUCAGAGUUGUGGAAGUGGCUCAGAAGGUAAAGUGUUGACCGAAAUAACCAAUCUGAAACACUCUAACACCGAUGUAUCAGCAUCAGAUUAUGUAUCAGAACAAGAGGAUCAUGUUUAUCCUGAGAGUAGCAAUCAUGGCUGGUACAGAGAAGCCCCUCUGUCUCCACCAGCAGUUCUGCUUACAGCUGAUAGUAACACUGUAUCAGUGAGAAAUGGGCGCAUCACUACAGCAUCUCCAGAUCUUGGCAUUGAAAGUGAUCAGGGACGUUUCUCUAGUCUUGAGCCUUUUCCCAUUAAAAAGUCAACUACAGCUCCUGCUCUGAACUCAGGAGAAAGUGUUUCAAGCAACUUUCAGCUGAAAAAAAAACAUCAAUUGGAUUACAAGUGUCUGGAACUAGAAAAUCAAGAGCUCAAACAACGACUGCUUCACACUAGGCAGACUUUAGAACAAACCUAUGCUCAACUAGCUUCUGCAAAUCAGCGGAAAAGGCUUGUUGAGAAAGCAAUUUGCAAGCAGCUUCACAAAACUCACCACAUUUUGCGAAGAGCCAGAGAUAAUUUCGAAACAAAUGCUUCAGCAAAUCCUCAACCUGACGAAGAUAAUCUUCAGUGUACUGAUACUGUUUAGAAUGUGUAUUUUAUUCAUAUUUUCAUUUUACAGUACUAAUCUGUGACAAGAUUUUGUGCUCACUUGACUGUGAUGUUAUCAACAUAAAAGAAUUAUGUA